AUGGUGCAGUGCGUGGACGCGGCGGCAAAUAUCGCAUAUCGCCGUGGAGAAACGCGCUGCCUCUACAGCGCGUUUGUUGCCGCAGGCCCUGGCGGUGUAGUCUGUAGGGGAACAAUGGCGACACUGCAGAAAAUCAAAGAUAUCGAGGAUGAACUGGCUCGAACCCAGGUGAACAAAGCAACCAUGGGUCAUAUAUGCCGUCUCAAGUCCCGACUUGCGAAGCUCAAGCGGGAACUGUUGCUCGAGAGCACCAAAGCCAGCGGCGGCGGUGGCGGUGGUGAAGGCUUCGACGUCGCUCGAACCGGUGACGCACGCGUUGCCAUGAUCGGUUUCCCGUCCGUGGGUAAGUCCACGCUCUUCAGUAAGCUCACCGAGACGGAAAGCGAGGUGGCUGCGUACGAGUUCACGACGCUAACUGCUAUUCCAUCGAACAUCUUUUACCGGGGUGCAAAAAUCCAGCUCAUCGACCUGCCUGGCAUCAUCGAAGGGGCCAAGGAGGGUCGCGGCAGGGGCCGGCAAGUCAUCGCGGUCGCACGCUCCUGUGAUUUAAUCAUGAUUGUUCUGGACGCGACCAAGCCAGUCGUUCACAAGCGCAUCAUCGAGCGCGAGCUUGAAGGGUUCGGCAUUCGACUCGGGAAGCAGCGACCGCGGAUAGCGGUGCGUCGAAAAGACCGCGGCGGAGUCACGCUGACCACCCUGUUCCAGGGACCGGCAUCGCAUCUCGAUUUGGAGCUUUGCCGAACCAUAUGCCAAGAGUAUCGUUGUCCCAAUGCUGAAAUCGUGCUCAAGGAGGAUGCGACACCCGACGAUCUCAUCGACGUUCUGGAAGGGAAUCGAGUCUAUGUGCCGGUGCUCUAUGUGCUAAAUAAGAUUGACGCAACGAGCAUGGAGGAACUUGAGUUGUACGACCGACUUGAGGACUAUGUGCCGAUAAGUGGACAUCUGGGCUGGAAUCUCGAUGGACUCCUCGAGGAGAUGUGGAAAAAGCUGGACCUGAUCCGCAUCUACACCAAGCCCAAGGGCGAAAUACCGGACUAUGACGCACCUAUUGUGCUCCGCAAUGCACCCGAACACUGCACCGUACGCGCACUGUGCCGUCGAAUCCACAAGUCGUUGCUGGAUCAGAUGCGGUACGCGUGGGUCUGGGGCUCGUCUGUGAAGUUCUCUCCUCAGAAAGUUGGUGCAGAUCACGUACUUCAGGACGAAGAUGUCGUUCAAAUCGUUAAAUCGUAA